AGGAAGAAGAAAAUUGAAAUAAAACACAAAUUUGCAAUUAACUGAUGUGCAACGAAUUUCUUUAUUUUGUACUGUACAAAAAUGACACUUCAAAGGGAUGCAAUAGACGUCAGUAGUGAGGUUGGCAGCACUUUUGACGUUUAUCAAUUUAUACAGUAGGACGGCAGAGGUACACAAUGAAUACACAGAAUUGAAAAUUUGCGCAUUUGCUUUCGUUGUUUUUUGUUUUUAGCGAAAUUAUUGCGUGCUUUUAUUAUUAUUAUGUCACAGAUAACAAAUGUUAUUACUUUGGUACGUGCGCGUCUGCGGCAGUUAAACAUUAAAUUAUGGGAAGAACCUUACUAUUUAGCUGAAGUUGGACCAAUUGUUUCCGAAGUGGACAGACUUGCAGAGGAAUUUAGUAGAAGUUUAAGCAUAACAGUUUCGCAAUGUGUAAUGGCACUUAAUGAACUCCAAGCGGGUGCUUUAGACAAACUGAAUGCACGCAGGGAAUACGAACAAACUGGUUUAGCAACAUUAAAAGUACGCCGCGUUAGUAGUGAUAUAGGCACGCAAAACAUGUUCGAUAUAAAGGUGAACCUGAACGUAAUGGGAUCCGAAUUGCAAACUUUGAUAGCAGCGCAGUUGAAUUUGACAGCUGGUUGCCAAGUUAAGUGCAUCCAUAAAGGAAAAAUUGUGGAUCAAAAUAAAACGUUACAAGCACAAAUGGUUACAAAUAAUGAAAACAUACUAGUAAUUGUAAGUGAGGUGGAGCCUCAAAGUUCGGGCAAUGCAGAUGCCAUAUACUCGAGAGUACAAAGAAUUAAAAUGGAUGUUGAGAAGAUCGUAGACUCAAAACGCCAACUGUUUGAGAUGGAAGAUCAGGAUGGUAAUACAGUAUUCUUGCCACCUGAGGAAAAUCGUGCAAUAUUAAUGGCAAUGAGUUUCUAUGAGAAAGCGCGUGCAGCACUUAAGCGUGAUCAUUUUGAUGAAGCCUUGGUUUUAUUGCUGGAAGCAGAUGAGAAAUUUCUAACUUGCAAUUCAAAGUUCCUAGAAGUUGUGGACAACUAUGCACUUGUCAAUUUAGACAUUGUCUGGUGUUAUUUAUUAUUAAAAAAUGUUACACAGCUUCCCGAUGCAGAACGUCGCUUAAAAGUAUGCGAGAGCAGUUUUAAUCGUAGCUAUGGUGAAAAUAUGAGUCGUUUAAUUGCACUUAAGGGAAAUGCUUGUCCUGAACGUGCUCUACUUAUGCGUCUACAUUUACUGCAAGGCGUUGUGCUCUUCCAUCAAAAUAGACGUGAUGAAGCAUACUAUAAAUUCGAAGUAGCCUCUAAGGAAUUAAUAGAAUUAAAAGUAGAUGAUGCCGCCUUAGCUACAAUGGUGGAAAUGGGUUAUGAACCGUUUGAAGCGCGCUUGGGUUUACGUGCUAGUGGCGGUUUAAUUGAUCAAGCUAUAAAUUCGAUACAAGAGCGUAGAGAAAAACUGUUGGAGGCGCGCAAAAGAAAUGCUAAAGAACGAAAAGUCAAUGAUGUUAUUUCACGUUAUCGCAACAAAGAAUGGAUAAAUCCGCGUAGCGUUUCUGCUCUUAUGGAUAUGGGUUAUACUGCUAGCAUUGCUUCUGAAGCACUGAAGCGUUCUAAAAAUGAUUUAGUUGGCGCAUUGGAAUUGUUGCAAACUCAGGGCGAUGAAUUACGCAGUAGUGUAUCAGCUCCAACAAGUGUAAAUAAUUUGUUAUUGGAUGAACUUAAGAAACUGGGUUUUGAUGAACAACUUGCAAAUAUUGCACUACAAACCACUGGCAACAAUAUUGAUAAAGCCGCCGACUACUUGAUAAGAAUGUUAAAUGAUGAAAACCAACUUAAAUCAAUGAUGGAGAAAGUGUCACAGGCUUUAAAUGCCGCUGAUGGACCAUCUACAUCCAGUGGCAUCAAUUCACUUGCAAGUGAUUUGAUACAGAAAGCACAACUUGAACUUGAAUCCUUAACGGCUUAUCGUCGCUUCCAUGUUGACAUCACAGAUACUGAGAACGAUUAUUUGGAUUUGCCUCUACUACAAGAGGAACAAAUUUUAACUGAAUACAGAAACCUCUUAACUUAAUUUUGUUGAUUUGUGAUAAUAAUAUAUUUACUUUUGAAAUCUCUCACAUCGAUGAAUUUAACUUAACCAAAGUGUUUAACUUAAACUGUUCAGAUAUCCCAUAACCUAAAUGGCUGUUAUACUGCAUCAUCUCUUAAACUAAUACAUAUACAAUCGAAAUUAAGUGUUUCA